AUGUCUCCAGCUAUGGCCAACCCCAGGGUUCGGAAGUUCAAUCCGAUCGCGUUCACACCCUUGCCAGUCACCUUUAUCACAACCAUCGUCUAUCUUGCGGUUCUUAUCCUGGUCCUGGUCACGUAUCUUGUCGUUCCUCCCGCUCCGACUCUGGAAAUGAGUCCUAAGGGCGUGAACCUUACAGAAGCUUGGAGGGAUCUCCAGCAUCUAACCGAAGGUUUUCACCCUUACAAUAGUCGGAGAAACGAUGACGUACACGCAUGGCUCCUCCAUCGGAUCGAGGCGAUUGUUAGAGAGUCCGCCGCUGCUGACGGCGGACCGGAGGUUUUUGUCUUUGAUGAUAAUCUGUCCAAUUUGACUUAUUCUAACGGUGGAGUCAGCAAAUCUCCUAUCGUGGGAGUCUAUUUUGAAAGCACGAAUAUUAUCGUGUAUAUACGAGGGAGCGAAGAUGAUCCGCAGAAUUGGUGGGAGUGGUCGAAUGGAAAACCGAAGGGAAAAGGAGGGGUUUUGGUGAACGCACACUACGACAGCGUCUCAACGGGAUACGGUGCCACUGAUGAUGGGAUGGGGGUUGUGAGUCUGUUGCAACUUCUCAGAUAUUUCACGACCGCCGGCAACAAACCGCGGAAGGGUCUGGUAUUGUUGUUCAACAACGGCGAGGAAGACUAUUUGAACGGUGCCCGCGUAUAUAGUCAACACGCAAUGUCGAAUUUUACCCAUACAUUCUUGAACCUUGAAGGUGCCGGGGCUGGAGGACGAGCUUGCCUAUUCCGAUCCACGGAUACGGAGGUUACCCGAUUUUAUAAGAACGCCAAACAUCCAUUCGGUUCCGUGCUUGCUGGCGACGGGUUUAAGUUGGGCCUUAUUCGUAGCCAGACUGACUAUGUCGUGUUCAAUGGCGUUCUAGGGCUGCGAGGGCUGGAUGUGUCCUUCAUUGCUCCCAGAAGCCGAUAUCAUACGGACCAGGAUGAUGCCCGGCACACCAAUGUUGAUUCUCUGUGGCAUAUGCUCUCUGUUGCCAUAGGGACCACAGAAGGACUCGUGUCAUACACAGGAACUGAUUUCGAUAGCAAAACAACAGACCAAGACAAAGUUAACAGUGGCGGUGGCACGCUUGGUGUCUGGUUUGACAUUUUUGGAUCCGCCUUCGCGGUUUUCCGUCUCCAUACGCUAUUCGCACUCUCUGUUACGCUGCUUGUUAUUGGCCCGUUGGUCCUGUUCAUCACAAGCAUCGCUCUAUCUAAGACAGACAGAAUGUACUUAUUUUCGAUGUCGAAGUCGCUGGGAGGUGCUUCCGAAACAGUCUCUUUACGUGGCCUCCGCGGUCUAUUUCGUACCCCUAUCAUAUUAACUGUGACAACGGUCAUUUCCAUCGGUUUGGCGUACUUGCUCGAGAAAAUUAAUCCUUAUAUUGUGCAUAGCAGCCAAUUUGCUGUGUGGAGCAUGAUGCUGUCUGUGUGGAUAUUUGUGGCUUGGUUCUUAGCCCGUGUCGCCGACUUUUUCAGACCCUCUGCUCUUCACAGAGCCUAUAGCUAUACGUGGAUAUUCAUUGUGACAUGGAUCAUGUUAGUCAUCAGCACGGUAUAUGCAAACCAAAAAGGCAUUGCUGCCGGAUAUUUCACAUUCUUCUAUUUCGCUGCUGUGUUCCUAGCAACCUGGGUGUCGUAUCUAGAGCUCUUUUCUCUUCCACGAAAGGGAUAUUAUGCUCGCCAGGCCAGCAGACGUCAGAGACGGCGCUCAAGUAGCCUCAGUAGCAGGUUACUAACCCCUUCUGCUGAUGAACUACCAUCCGAUAUUGGCCCGAAUGGGGCUGAAAACGUAGGAGAUCCAGACGAGACCGACCCCACAGAAUCUACCUCCCUGCUUCGAGGCCAGCGAACUACGUUUGCGAACUAUCGAACUGGCGGUGAUGAUGGGGUCACGGAAUACACAGCAGAGGAUGAACAUGUCCGAGAAGCCAGUAUAUUUGGACAUGAACAGUCAUGGAGCUGGACAUUACCCAGAUGGACGUGGAUAUUACAACUCCUUCUUCUAGCUCCCAUUGUUAUUAUUCUCGUCGGACAAGUUGGUCUUCUCUUGACAACUGCAAUGAGUCAGAUCGGCUCAGAUGGGGUUUCAACCUUCAUUGUCUAUUUAGCCUGUGCCUUAUUCUCUACUCUCCUAUUUGCUCCUUUGCUCCCCUUCAUCCAUCGAUUCACGUACCAUGUCCCGAUAUUUUUGUUGCUCAUCUUUAUCGGUACUCUAAUUUACAAUUUGGUGGCAUUUCCCUUCUCUCCUGCCAACCGUUUAAAGAUAUUCUUCAUCCAGGAAGUCAAUUUAGACGAUGGCACAAACAAAGUUUCUCUCACCGGCAUUCAACCAUAUCUUACAGAUACAAUCAACGCUAUACCAAGCGCCGCUGGUCAAACUGCUAACUGCACCCAAGGUCCAUUCGGUUCUCUCGUGAGGUGUUCCUGGAGUGGACUACCCCCACGUGUUGUCAAAGAAGACCCUGGAAACGAUCAGACCAUGGGGCCGUAUACAUGGAUAUCCUACAAUAUUACGAGAACGGUGGGCAAAAAUGAAGCACGCAUCAAGGUAUCCGGCCGGAACACACGGGCCUGCAAACUUAAGUUCGACAACCCAGUCGCGGACUACCGCAUCUCUGGCUCUGCAGUUGACCACCGGCUUCCACACACUUCUCGUCAAGGUGUGGAAGAAAUCAGACUAUGGACUCGAACCUGGGAGAAUACUUGGGUUGUCGAUGUGGACUGGCAUUCUAAUCCUGUCAAUCCGGGAGAAUCCAAGGAUGGUGACGAAAAACAAGACGUGUCCAAAAAUGAAUUGAGCGGUAAAGUCAUAUGUUUGUGGAGCGACAAUAACGAGUCAGGUGUAAUACCAGCGCUGGAUGAAGUGCGGUUAUAUGCGCCUGCCUGGGUUGCCAUUUCAAAAUCGGCAGAUGGUCUUGUUGAGGCCAGUCAUGACUUCAUCAUUCAAUGA